UCUCAAAUCUUUGUUUCUUAAAAAUGCCUUUCCCUUUCCUUCCUUGAAGGAUUAAAUCGAAUUCCCUGAGAACCAUAAACAUAAGAAGCUAGCACAACUGACCUUCCACUUGUGCUUAUUUUAGCUGCCUCCUCUUUCUAUUUGAGUUGCUGAUCCUUUCCUUUGCCAUUUUUUUUAAUCCUCCCCCUUUUAAACCUUUUUCUUGUAAAUCACACAAGCAAGCACAAAAUUUGCAGAGGCAUCCAUGAUGGAGGUGAGUGGCUGGGACAAAUGAGGAAACCAGCAUUGGAAAAUGAAUGACAGGAAAUGAAAAAUUGCUUGCUUCCAUUGCCCAAAAAACUGCAUGAGGCCAGCUGAAGCUUGACUCAAAGGGAAUAUUAUUUUUUAAUGUUGAAUUACUAAAUUCUCCUAAUAAUCUUUAUGAUAAACUUGCCAAAAAGUGGAUGGGCAGUAUUAUUCACAUUUUUAAAAAUCAAACAUCUGAAACAGAGCAAAAAUCAUUUUCCAAUUCUGGUUCUGUAAGCACAGAAUGCAUUUCUUUAAAUAGCAAUAUGCUGCUCUCUGUGUGGGCUUAUAGGCAAUGUUUUCAAUUAUAGUCUUAAAGUCUGAUUAAAAACAGAUGGAAAAUCUGGCCAUAGAAACUCAUUAUUUGGCUCACUUAAUACAUCAAGCCAUAUUUUACUGAAAAAAAAUCACAGUUGUUGCAAUGAUCUCAUUGAGCUAAAUCGCAAAUAAGGUUGCCACAUGUGGCCAGCAAAAAUCCAGGUAACUAGAUGAAGCAAAGGGAGAUGCAGCGAUACCUCAAUGCUCAUUGUUAAUUGGUUCUGGGAGGUGCAAUGUGUACCAAAAAUGAUGAGUACUAAACAAUUUUUUCCCAUAAGGAAUAAUGUACCGUAAAUAAAUGUAACAUAUUCCCAAAACAAUGCACAUUUUUAAGGCAAUAUGUAAAGAGAUAGGUUUGUAUAUUAUUACUUUACAUAAGAAAUAAACCUAAAAAUUAAUAAACACUUAGAUUAAAUAAAAUAAAAACUUCACUUUACCUGUACUGAUGAGGGGGGAAAACACAAAAAUACCCAAAAUGACCACACAACUGCAAGGGGAUGUACACAGAGCAAGACUCUUUGUUUUGGCUGGAAAGGAUAGCGGGUCACGAGGCAACUGACACCAACAAGCUCUAGCUUGUGCGUUGAGUAUCAAACAAACAACAAGUACUGGGACAAAAUGUCUUGUGAAAAUGUGCUGAGUACCAAAUUUGAUAAGUUUCAAAGCAGUUGAGUAUCAAGACUCUGCUGCCACCAGGACUUUUUGCAGCUCUCAUCUAGCACUCUAGUCAUAAAGCACAUUUCUAAACCACAAAGAUUAUGUAUAAAUGUCAUGCAUGGUUCAAGGUCCCCCCAACUAUAUGAAAUCUUAGCAUAAUAGAAGCACUGCAAUCCUUUAUUUGGAAUGAAACGAUGGGAUUUACAUUGGAGCCAACAUCUCUAGAAAACCUAAGCUCAACUGCAAUUAAGCUGUAUCUUAAAAAGUGAUAGCACUGUAAUUCCCUUUCCGGAUGCCAAAUGUGAAGCUAAAAAUGUUAGGGUCCACCUUAUAACAAAUAUGAAUCAGUUGCCAAGGAUCUGAAUUUUGAUUACAUGACCACAGAGAUGCUGCAACGGUUGUAUGUGUGAAAAACACUCAUUUCAGUGCCGUUGUAAACUAAACAAACUUGUAAGUCAAGGACUACCUAUAUUGUUUUUAUGUCAUUGCAGAUCUACAUAUAUCCCACCAAUUUUCUAAGGUAUACCUCUACCCACUUAAAUUUUUGUUCUCUCAACAAUAUGGAACAAAGUCUUAAAGCUUGCUGUGAUCUAAAAUACAACAAUAACAGAGUUGGAAGGGACCUUGGAGGUCUUCUAGUCCAGCCCUCUACUUCAGCAGGAAACCCUAUACUAUUUCAGACAAAUUGUUGUCCAAUCUCUUCUUAAAAGCUUCCAGUUGGAGCAUGCACAGCUUCUAGAGGCAAGUUGUUCCAAUGAUUAGUAGUUCUGUCAGGAAAUUUCCCCUUAGUUCUAGGUUGCUUCUCUUCUUGAUUAGUUUCCACCCAUUGCUUCUUGUCCUACCCUCAGGUGUUUUGGAGAAUAGCUUGUCUCCCUCUUUGUGGCAGCUCCUGAGAUAUUGGAACACUGCUAUCAUGUUACGCCUAGUCCUUUUCAUUAAACCCAAUUCCCAAUUCCAGAAAACAUUCUUUAUAUAAGGCAAUACUGUAGCAGGACUCUUCUUUUCCCAUCAUAUCUAUCUUCAAUCUAUGCAUUGCUAAGAGAAUUUUUCUUCAUAUAUUCUGAACAACAAUGCAUUCCAUGAAUUUGAGUAAAUGUUAUUGUCGUUAGGCCAGCCCUUAUAAAAUAAUCAUAUUCAAACUCUUCAAGUUUCUACAUUCUCUCAAACAGUAGGGAAGUAUGGGUAAGGAGGAAGUUAGGUGGGGGACUAAUUCAAUAAAAUAAAAUGAAAAGAAAAAUACAUAAUCCUUCCUAUUUCCCCUUCCCCCCAGUUGAUAGUAACUUCUAGUUCAAGGAACUCUGCUAAUUCAGUCAACUACAUAGGUUAGUUUCUGUUAACUAUGUUCCAACUAUUUUAAACAAGCAAAUGCUUUCUCUGCUCAUUUCAUCAGGAGGCAUUGUAAGGACAGUACUAUUAAUUCACCAAUAACACAGUAAUUGUUUUUCAUCUGGGAUAGAAAUAGGUAACAGGAGUCAAAUUCCACCUGAUUUGAGAUGCUAUUUUCCAAAACAGCAUAGCCCAUGCUACCCUGCCAAUCUGCUUUUUUUUUUCUUGCCUUGAAGACAAAAAUGACAGAAUAAAUGGGAUACAGUUAAGAAUGCACAGUAAUGUUGGCCUUAAUAAAUAUGAACGUGGGAUAGAAAUUUCUAUAAAUACCAAUAAAUCCCAAAAAGUUCUGAGAGUUCAUUUAUCCGAUUGGGGAGGGUGGGGGAGAAUGUAUCGUUUUUUGUAAGUAACAAAACUUGUAUUAUCUAAGCCCUUUGUAUUCCCCAUGAAUUAAAUUUCCAUAACAAAAAUAGCCAAUUAUUGAGAAAAGUCUCAGACCAUCUUAUACAAGCAUCUUAUCCAGGAAGAACUAGAUGGACGCUGGUUACCCAAUUGGCUAACGGUUGUUGCAUUUGGUGCAAAGGAAAUAAACGCAAAGCACUGGGGCAUCUUCCCUAAAAGCGUCCAAUCACAUAGAAUUAUCCGAAAACAAAAGCUUUGCAAAAAGUGGAGUAAGACGGAAGGGGUGGUCUUAUCGCCUUCUCUGAUUGCUAGGUGAAUUUAGGGCGCUUCACGUGGCCGGAGGAGAACUCGGGAGCCAAGAUCCCGGCAGAAUUGGCAGGCAUCUGAACAUCCUUACCUUAUGGAGUGAGUAUCCAAUGUGCACCUAAGAUUGCUUGGCCUGUACUUGACUUUGGGAAAGAAAUGGCUGCGCUUGGAUCAGCAUUUGGUGAAGAAGCUAUGGCUGACAUUAAUCCUUCCUUGCAUAGAGAGAACUUUGCAGCAACAGAAUGCUCAGAAUUCCUGUUUAAUGCCAACUCUUUAACAGGACAAAGUCAAUUAUGCAUCUUGGAGCCCCAUAUUACUGAAAUUAUUGAUAAUGAAGGUUUGGCGACUGAUCAGCUGACAACUGCUGAGAAAGUAGCAUUGGAAGAUUUGGUAAAGUCAGAAGCAGUUUGGGUGUAUCCGUGGCAGUCAGACAAAGAUGUGACCAAUCUUUCAGCACCCCACCCGGAUGAAAACCUCUCUGUAAAAGAUGAAGAAGCAAAUAGACAAAGCUCAAAACAAAUUAAUUAUCACGACAAUCAAAACAAAAAUCUGUACUUUUGUGAUAGGCUUAAGGACUUUCAGCAACCAUCUCUAUUUGCCCAACAUAAAAAUGUGUUCUGUGCAAGUAAAGUGCCCAUGCAGAGCAAGCAGCUUAAUUGGAAACAACUGGAAAUAUGCAACCCAUUGGUGCCAGACCAGAAGAGACAAACUAAAAAUUGUUUAAUAGGUGAUCAAUGUGGGGAAAAUAACCAAAGUCUAUCUCACCUUUUCCAAUAUUAUAAAAAUGUGCUUCCAAAUGAAAACUCUACUCGGCAGGAUCAAAACUCCCAAUCAGAAGUAAGCAGUCGAAGCACAUUAGUACCUGUUCCUCUUCAGGCAGAGAAUAUAAUAGAAUAUGUUGAUCAAGCAGUUGGUCCAAAUCCAGUACAAGUGACAGACCAGAGAACUGAGACUAAAAAUCUGCACAUUUGUGAACAGUGUGGAAAAGAAUACCAGUGGCUUUCUGAGCUUAUCCAGCAUCAGCUACUAUUUUUUGGAGGAGAAGCAGAUAGACAAUGCCAGCUUCAUAUGGAAAGUAGAAAUCCAAGACAUUUGGCACCUGUUCCUAUCCUCUUCCAAGAAAACAGUAUGUGUGCAACCACUUGGGAAACUUUCCAACAAAAGUCAAGGGAUCAUAACACUCAUGCAAAGAUGCGGUCCUCUCUACUCAAAAGGCAUACACUGUCUAGGAAGGAACUGACUAGACAGAGUGAGCCAAAAAUAAAUAAAUCUAGUACCUUGUCAUUUGUCCCCCAUGUGAGAGGAAACAUGUUUGCAGACUCUUGUGAAAUGUCUAACCUAAACUCAAUGCUUACAAGUCCUUGCACAGGGAAACAACACAGUGACCAAUGUGGGAGAUGCUGUCGCUGUCUUUGUGCUCAACAGCAUCUUAAUAAUUUGGAAUUGAAAGCAGAUAGAGAUGAACUGUUUCAUUUGGGAGCCUACAGUCCAAAAAGCUUAGUGCCCAUUCUUUUGCAAGCAGAGAAAACAUUCAGUGAAAACUCAAAAAUCCCCAUAGAACAAAAGAACUAUGCUAAGAAUCUGUACACUUGUAACUGUGAUAGGAACGAUUUCCAGUGUCAUUGUUUGUUGGCCAAAAAUCAUCUACAUGUUCCCUUGGGAGGGGAAGCAGACACAAAGGAUCAAUUUAAAAUACAAGCAGGCAGUUUAAGUCAAUUUCAAAUGGAAAGUAAAGUUAUUGAAUCCUCUGAAACAGUUAAACCUCAGUCAAAUCUCACAACAAACCAAGAUUUCCAUAUUAAGAGUCUGAGAAUAUAUAAGGAAUGUGGGAAGGAUUUCCAAUGGUCAUCUGCCCUGGCUCGGCAUCAAGUUGUGCACUCUGGGACAGUUAAUGGAAAACAAUGCCCAUCAAAGAUAGAUGAUCAAAAUGAUUCAUCAUCUGGUCUCAUGGAUUUUGACCAACCUGCCCAUCUGAAGAGAAACCAAUUGACUGAGAAAAACAAACCCUAUGCAUGUGGUCACUGUGGUAAAAACUACAAGUGGCCUUCUGACCUUGCUCGACAUAAACAUGUUCAUUCUAGAAAAAAAUUAAUGAAAGACAAGGGCACCAAACCCAAAAAAUCCUAUAUCUGUGAUCAGUGUGGAAAACAUUUCAAUUGGCCUUCCCACCUUGCCCAACAUAAACACACUCAUUCUAGAAGUAAAUUAAUGAGAGGCACCAAGUUCAAAUCCUAUAUUUGUGGUCACUGUGGAAAGAGUUACCAUUGGCCUUCUCAACUUGCCCGACAUGAACAGACUCAUUUUAGAACAAAACUAAUGAAAAGCAAGUGCACCAAGCUCAAAAAAUCAUAUAUCUGUGGACUGUGUGGAAAAAAUUUCCAGUGGCCUGAGCUUGCCCAACAUAAAUGCACGCAUUCUAGAAAAAAAUUACUGAGCGGCAAGGGCACCAAACUCAAAUACUACACACACAGCCAAUGUGGAAGGAGCUUCCAAUCACUUUCUCAACUUGCCCAACAUGAACACACACAUUGCAGAAGUAAAUUAGUGAGCAUCAAGUGCACCAAGCUCAACAAACCUUGUAUCUGUGAUCAGUGUGGAAAAGGUUUCAUGUAUCCUUCUGAUCUGCCCGACAUGAACGUACUCAUUCUAGAAAAAAAAUACUGAGAGGCAAGUGCACCAAACUCAACAAAUAUUACAUAUGUAGUCUUUGUCAAAAGAGUUUCCAGUGGCAUUCUCAACUUACCCGACACGAACAAAUUCAUUCAAGAAGUAAAUUAGUGAGAGGGAAGUGUACCAAGCUCAACAAAUCCUGUAUCUGUGAUCAGUGUGGAAAAGGUUUCAUGUAUCCUUCUGAUCUUGCCCGACAUGAACGUACUCAUUCUAGAAAAAAAAUACUGAGAGGCAAGUGCACCAAACUCAACAAAUAUUACAUAUGUAGUCUUUGUCAAAAGAGUUUCCAGUGGCGUUCUCUACUUACCCGACAUGAACAAAUUCAUUCAAGAAGUAAAUUAGUGAGAGGGAAGUUGUACCAAGCUCAACAAAUCCUGUAUCUGUGAUCAGUGUGGAAAAGGCUUCAGAUGGCCUUCUGACCUUGCCCGACAUGAACAGACUCAUUCUAGAAAAAAAUUACUGAGGGACAAGGGCACCGAACUCCACAAAUACUACACACGUCGUCAAGGUGAAAAAAGCUCCCAGUGGCCUCAGUCUGCCCAACAUGAACACACUCAUUUAAGAAGUAAAUUAGUGAGAGCCAAGUGCAGCAAGCUCAAGCUCAUUAAGUCUUGUAUCUGUGAUCAGUGUGGAAAAGGCUUCAAAUGGCCUUCUGACCUUGCCCGACAUGAACACACUCAUUCUAGAAAAAAAAUACUGAGAGAUAAGUCCAUCAAACUCAACAAAUACCACACAUGUAGUCAAUGUCGAAAGAGUUUCCAGUGGCGUUCUCAACUUACCCGACAUGAACAAAUUCAUUCAAGAAGUAUAUUAGAGGCAAGUGUACCAAGCUUAACAAAUCCUGUAUCUGUGAUCAGUGUGGGAAAGGCUUCAAAUGGCCUUCUGACCUUGCCCGACAUGAACGCACUCAUUCUAAAAAAUAAUUACUGAGACAAAUGCAUCAUUCAGCUCAACACAUUUAUAAUCAAAGGUUUAUAAUGAAAGUGGAAAAGGUUUCCAAUGACCCUCUAACCUUGCCUGACAUGAACACACUCAUUUUAGAGAAAUGUCACAUCGAAAUAAACACAUGAAGCUUCAAAAGCUGUUUGCAUGUACUCAGUGUGGAAAGAACUUCCAGGGGUUUAUCUUCCCUUGUUCAAUUUAAAUGCUCUCAUUCUGGGAAAAUAAUAACGAAGCAAAUGCACCAAACUCAGGAAGCUGCCCAUCUAUUGUGAAAGUGGAAAAAGCUUUCAGUGGCCUAAACUUGUUGAACAUCAGGGUGUUCCUUCCAGAAAAAAAGUUAAGGCAGAAAUGUGUCAAACUCAAGAAAUUAUGCAAUACAGUUACAGUUACAUUGGGAAACUCAUGAGGUAGCCUGACCUUGUCCAGCAUAUCCAUGUUAAUUCCAAAAUAAAAUUAAUGAAGAGCAAAUGUACCAAA